AGACAGCGCUGGCUAGCAUUUUCCAUUCGUUGAGCUGGCUGGGGAUGCUAACCGCAAUGUGUGUACAGUGAAUUUGAAUUAGCUUUUUUUUUUAAAGCAGUCAAUGGCCAUAAAGCGUAGUUAUAGUAAAUGUUAGCCACAUCUACCGGGCUUUUAAGAGAAGAUCUCGUCAUGUUUGGUAGAGAUGCGGAGGUCUGGCGCGCGGGCUGCCAACAAAGUCCGUCUGAAAAAACGCUGCUGUUUCCCCAGCUCUCUCGUUUGACAUAGUCCAGGUGAUGACAAAGCUGAAUUAUGCCGGGUAAAUUGAAAGCUAAGAUUGUGGCGGGGCGUCACUUACCAGUCAUGGACAGAGCCAGCGACCUCACUGAUGCCUUUGUAGAGGUCAAGUUUGGCAACACAACUUUCAAAACGGAUGUCUACCCCAAGUCCCUUAAUCCACAGUGGAACUCAGAGUGGUUCAAAUUUGAGGUGGAUGAUGAGGAUUUGCAGGAUGAGCCGUUACAGAUCACAGUGUUGGACCAUGACACUUACAGUGCCAACGACGCAAUAGGGAAGGUCUACAUUGACAUCGACCCUCUGCUGUCCAGCGAGGCUGCUACCGUCAUCUCUGGAUGGUUCCCCAUCUACGACACUAUACACGGUAUCAGAGGGGAGAUUAAUGUUCUGGUAAAGGUGGACCUCUUCAACGACCUAAACCGCUUCAGACAGUCCUCCUGUGGGGUCAAGUUCUUCUGCACAACAUCCAUCCCGAGGUGUUACCGCGCGGCGCUGGUCCAUGGUUUUGUUGAGGAGCUGGUGGUGAACGAGGACCCGGAGUACCAGUGGAUUGACCGCAUCAGAACCCCCAGGGCUUCUAACGAGGCCCGCCAGCGACUCAUCUCCCUCAUGUCUGGUGAGCUGCAGAGGAAGAUCGGUCUGAAGGUGUUGGAAAUGGGUGGUAAUGCGGUGGUGGGCUACCUGCAAUGCUUUGAUCUGGAGGGAGAGUCGGGUCUGGUGGUCAGAGCCAUCGGCACCGCCUGCACUCUGGACAAACUCAUCCCUGGGACUGCUUCCAACACCAUCACACACACCAACACCGCCCCGGCAUCCAAUGACUGCAACUCCCCCUCUAAGGAAGUCAAAGAGCCCGUGUUCAGUGAGGACCCAACCCACCCCCUCUCCGUCCCUCCCACCCCUCUCAGAACACUUCCUUCCUCCUCUCCUCCUCCCUUCUCUCCAUCCAAGCCAUGCAGUCGCCAGUCCUCCUCCUCAGACACAGACCUCAGUCUGACGCCCAAGAUGGGGAUGGGGAGUGGGAUCAGCGUUGGGAAAGAGGCAGGGCCUCUGAAGACCCUCCUCCGGCAGCAGGCCCAAUCAGCAUUGGAGCAGAGGGAGUUUCCCUUCUUCACGUUGACUUGUUUUCCCCCCGGCUUCCUGGUUCACAUCGGGGGAGUGGUCAGCGCCCGCUCGGUCAAGCUGCUUGACCGCAUACACAACCCUGACGAGCCAGAGACGAGGGACGCGUGGUGGGAGGAGAUUCGUCAGGAGAUCAAGUCUCAUGCCAAAGCCCUGGGUUGCCACGCUGUGGUGGGAUACAGCGAGAGCACCACCAUCUGUGAGGAGGUGUGUAUCCUGUCUGCGUCGGGCACGGCGGCCAUGUUGAAUCCCAGGUUCAUGCGUGAGGGCUGUUUGGACGCCGGCGGCAGCGACCAGAGGUUGUCACGGCAACCACCCCUCGGCACGGUUGGGUCGGAGAGGGCAGAGGGGGAAGUUAGCUCAUCUUGGCUGGGGUUUGAUGAUGCGUCACCCCCUAGCUGCGGAUUUUGUCACAUCCCAUAUGAUGAGUUCAACAUGCCGUUCCCAGCUCAGCUCACAUACUGCUACCACUGUAGGAGACAGAAGGUUCCUGACGUGCUCUUUACUACCAUAGACCUACCUGCUGAGGCUGCUGUUACUGGGAAGGGCUGCCUCAUACAGGCCAGGUUGUGUCGUACCAAGAAGAAGGCCCAAGGGGAGGUGAAUGCCACAGCCAUCUCUAACCUCCUCCCCUUCAUGGAGUAUGAGCUACACACCCAGUUGAUGAACAAACUGAAGCUGCGCUGCAUGAACGCUCUGUUUGGGCUCCGCAUUCAGAUCAGUGUGGGAGAAAACAUGCUCCUAGGACUAGCUUCUGCAACGGGUGUGUACCUGUCAGCUCUUCCAGCUCCAGGUGGUAUCCAGAUAGCUCGUAAGACCCCCAGUGACCUGAGCUACGACCAACACAUUUCAACCAUGCAGAAGCGCAUCAACGACACCAUUGUCAUGAAUAAGGAGCUCUACAACAUACACCCCCCGGAGUGUAUAGAGGAGGUGGUGGGGUCUCCUAUCCCUGACAGACAGCGGUCCAGACUGUUCAGGUCUACCUCUGAGAGUUCAGAUGAGCUGUCAGAACUAGACCUGUCCCACGGCAAGAAGGACGCCUUCGUACUGGAGAUUGAUGACACUGAUGCAGUAGAGGACAUCCAAUCCCUUCUCACUGAUGCCCCCUUGCCUGCAGGGUUUUACAGCUGUAACACAGAGGUCAUGCCUGGGAUUUACAACUGGACUUCAGGGCUUCAGAUGUUUACAUCUGUCAGGGUCUACAGACUCAAUAAUGCCAAUCUGACCAACCAGGGCCUCAACAAGAUCUUCACUGACCUCUGUGAGAAUUUACUCAAGAGUCUAUACUUUAAGUUACGUUCCAUGAUCCCCUGCUGUCUAUGCCAUCUCAACUUCACUGUAGCCGUACCAGAGGAAGAACUCAUACAGGUGGCGGUGACUGCUGUAGCCAUGAGUUUUGACAAGGAGACUCAGCUGGCAGCAGACAAGGCUCUUAACAAGGGGAGUGGUGAGAAUGAAGAGCAGCUACAGUUUUCUAUGGAGCUAUGUGGAGAGUCAACAUCCUCCAACAACCAGCCUACAGCCAAACUUUCAGGUCUUCCAGAGAGUGCCAUGACCCACUCCUCAUCUCGAGACAGAUGCAGCACCUGGCUAGAGCUGCUUAGGCUGAAAGCUCACACCAUAAGACGAGGAUCAGUUAAGACAAGUAGGAGGACACAGUCGCUAGCAAACUCUGUCUCGUCCUCAGAGCGCUGCAGUCCUCUCCCAGAGGUACGGUCCCGGUCCCUACGCUCCACCAGGUCGUUGCCUUGCGGUGCCCCUGUUACCGUGGUGAAGAUGACUCCUCUGUCCUUUCUCCCCAGGACGCGUAUUGUCAAAUAUUUGGGAAUCAUCAACAUGUUCUUCAUUAGAGAGACCACGUCACUACGAGAGGAGGGGGGUGUAAGUGGGUUCCUGCAUUCCUUCAUAGCGGAGGUGUUUGCCAUGGUCCGUGCCCAUGUAGCAGCUUUGGGGGGCAACGCCGUAGUGUCAUACAGCAUGAAGGAGUGUGUCUUCAUGGAAAACCCCAACAAGAACCAGGCUCAGUGUCUGAUUAAUGUUAGUGGUGAUGCUGUCAUCUUUGUCAGAGAAUCAGACCAGGAGGCCAUACCCCCUCUGAUUACUAGCGGACAGACCAGCAGCACUGGCGCUGAUGGGACCACAUGACACACACACACACUUGAGUCUAGCCAUCCAAAUAAUUGUGAUUUAUGUCUGCCUUAAACAGACUAGUUGAUGGAGAAAUUGUCUCUUAAUUGUCCAUUAAGGCACUCUACACAAGCCAUUUAGAGGCAUUAUGUAAUGUCUGUCUGUCUGUCUGUCUGUCAUAUAAUAGACAUUCCAAUACAUAGUGAAGUUUUAGGCAGCUAAAAGACUGAUUGCUCUCCAUCCAGACUCUGCAGUCACUAGCCGGCCAUUCUAAAGUGUACAGGGUCGUCAUUAGUACACAGCCAUGGUAAAGAGUACCAUACUCAGUACAGCAGGGUUUCCCAAUAGGCAGCCCGUGGGCCAAAUUCGACCCGUGUGUGGUUUUAUUUUGCCCACCCAAGAUUUCGGAGCAAAAAAAACCCAUGGUUUUAUAUCAUUUUUGUUCUUUGACAUAAGACUGUAAAAUCACCAGGAAAUUAGCUCAAAGUGAUUUUAAUUUAGGAAAUCUGUUUCCAAGUAUUCCCACGCAUAGCUACAGUGCCUUGCGAAAGUAUUCGGCCCCCUUGAACUUUGCGACCUUUUGCCACAUU